AUGGCCACUGGUGUCUUGCAUUACGGCCUCUCAGCGUUAAUCUCUUUUGUGAUUUUCUCAAUGCUUUCCAUCAACAUCACCGUCAUCUAUUUCUUCGUUAGAGGGAGAUUAUACAAAUCCACAAAGAAUCCACUUUACGCCAUUUUAAUGUACAACAUUUGCUGUGGAACCGCUCAGAAUCUCACGCAUAUCUUUUUCGUGCUUCCACUUGUCAUUUUACAGAAGCCAAUCAUUCCAAAAGACUCCACAACAAUGGCCUUUUUGGCGGUUUGGUUUCUUCAUUUGUGGUACAAUGCAACAUUUGUACAUAUUAUUAUGGCGGUAAACAGAGUUUCCGCUAUUUGUUGGAAAGAGAUUAAUGCCUAUUUCACAUUGAAAAACAUCUUUCUAAUGCUGAUAACAAUCACUUGUCUUGGAGUUGGAACAUCUUUGUACACUCAGCACUAUUCACCUUGUUGUCGAAUCUACUUUGAACCAAUCACUUAUGGCUAUAUGUAUAUGCCGAAUCAUGGAAAAAAUCUCUCCUACAAUUUCUCGCAAUUGAUCAUCGAUUUGCCAAUGGAAUUUGCCGUUUCCAUCAUUUGCAUUUCAUCAUAUAUUUGGGUUUUCCUCUACAUCUAUCGAAUGAAGCAAAAAGCCGAGCUAAAAGAUCGAAGUCAUCGCAGAGAGAUUAUGUGCUGUAUCCAAUGUUGCCUCGUUUUCUCCUUUUAUUCCUUCACAUGGGCUUCUUUCCAUAUUAUGCCUAGACUUGGCUUCACCACUCUUGAACCCUUUGCUUUCACAACGAUUGUUUACAAUAUCGAUUGUGGAAUCAAUUCAAUUGUGUUGAUUAUCAAUAACGAAGAGGUUCGUCGUCAAAUGAAAUCCACGAUCAGUAAAGUGACGGCCGGUCGAUACGACACAUCGUGCUCGAAAAAAGACGAGUCAAAUAUCAGCCACUCUCACAUCGAUCAU